CGUACUUGCAUGUUGUUUUCGUUUGUGUACGUUGUUAGCUAGCUAGUUUACCAUAAUCUGAAGAUAUGGCUGAAUAUUCAAAAGUGAAAACAACAAAACUUGUUUUGAAAGGACUAAACAAGGGGUGAGUUUAUUCCUCAACAUCGAAUUCAAUAUGUGUUUGUGUAGAAGAUGGCGAAUCAAGCUGGCUAAUAAUGCUAUCUAGCUAGCUAUCAUUAAUCGACUGACCAGGCAUUAACAGUUAGCUACUGGCUAAUGUUAGCUAGCUAACUGUUUGCUAUUUUCCUUUUCUCCCAUUUCUAAUUUGACCUGGCUAAUAUUGAUCCACAAUUGUCUUGUAGAAAGAAGAAGAAGCACAAGGAUAAGAAGAGAAAAAGAGACGAUGCAGAAGAUAAACCGGAUAUUGUUGGUAUGUUGUUUGCUGGUAAAUCUUGGCAGCUAGCUAGCUAACUAAUUGAAAAUGGUUCUUAUGAUAUUCCACAAAGUACAAAAAAAUAAUUUUUCUUUCUGCUUUCUAGGUGGAUGGUGGUGUAUCAGUGGCUUUGGGGAGAUUUCAGGAACGGUUGCAAUAGAGAUGCAGACUAAUUCCUACAUCCAUGCCCUGGAUACUGGUCUGUUCACAGUUGGCGCACCACAUCAAGGUAAGAAAAGUGAGAGAGAGUAUCUUUAGCUAAAUGUACCCAAUAUUUCCUUUAUAGUGCACUACAUCUCAUCAGAGCCACGUAGAGCUCUGGUCAAACGUAGUGCACAAUAAUAUAGGGAGUAGGGUGUCAUGUGUUUUGUCAUUAAUGCAUGAUGAUGAUGAUGCAGAUGCACACAAUUUGCUGUAUGCCAUACUAGGUUGUUAUGCUACUUGAUUGGACAGGGGGAAGUGUUUCGUAAGGCAUUUUGUCUUUUGUUACAUGACUGAGACGAUAAGGUCAAUUUUUAAGUGUCAGUGAUGUGUGUGGGGCGUGAUCAUAAAAUGUUAUGCUUGAGUAAGUGGUGUAUGGGAGCGUUGUACUGCCUUAACCCAGAGGCUUUUGUGGUACAGUCCGUUAGGCGUUCACCUCUGCACUGUAUGAGCUAGGGUUCGAUCCCUGUUACAGCUCUCACUCUUCUGCUCCACCUGUUACCAGGGAGCAGAGGCAGGGGGCAGGGAGGGAGGUUGAACCUAGUGGAACUUUUGAUUUGUUUAGAUACAGAUUACUGUUUGAGACUGUUAUGAGGCACAAGCAGUGGAAGAGAUUGCUAACCACGGGUAUCAAACAGGGGGCGUCUGCACAAUUCAAGACCUAAGGGUAAAUUCAUUUGAAUUCAAUCACUUUUUGACAGCACCCCUUUUGAUUUGAACUAAACCUUUCUAUACAUAUUUGCCCAUUGUAGAAGUGCUCAGAACGUUACUUUUUGUAGUAGUUUGACAACACUGUUUGUAAGCUUUUAAAUGAUAUCAAACUCAACCGUUUAUCUUUUCCAGUGAUGAAGACAUGGAUGUCUCAUGGUAUGGUGGAGUGUGCAAAAUGGGUGAACUUUGAGCACCUUUAUCUCCUGAAUGUUUUGGCAUUCAGGUCCAAAAAAUCACUUUCUGACAAAUGUUUCCAUAGGCAAACAUGUAUGGAAAGUUUUGUUUAAAUCAAAAGGGAUGCUGUCAAAAAGUGAUUGAAUUCAAAUGGAUUUACCCCUAACACAAAUAUUUGGGGCAGGGUUACUCAUCACAAGACAUGAGUACUCAGUAGCUUUAGUUUGAUCCACUAAUUUGAAGGGAUGUCCACAUAAUUUUGUAUAUAUGACAUUUCAUUUCAUGAUGGAAAACUGACUUGUUAAAAAAGAUCUACUUUGAAAACAUGUAAGAGCUAGAGUUAUUGUACAGUCUGACAGAAGGUAGUUGUGUUUUAUUUAUUUAUAAUACAGGCUGUAAUACAGGACAGUUAUGUAUGUUUCUCAGGAACCUGGUGGUGCAGUCACCUCCCUUAUUAGAGGGAGCAGGUCAUGCAGUGGGUGUUCAAGAGUGUGCAUGUCCUUUGCCAGGUGCACUGCAGCCUGCUCUGCAGUGACUGGAGCUGUGGUUGGACUGCGCCACCUCUGGAGAUAAUACUCAGGGCCCUCCUCUGCACCCUGUCCAGUUGGGCCUUUUUAUUGCAUCCAACUAACAGCACUCCACCGUAUUCCAGACCAGGCCUCACCAGGGUUGUAUAUAGACUGUGACCAGAUCUUCAAUGGGUAGGCCAGUUCUGGUGAGUACAGUCAAAGUGCAGGCGAUUUGAGACCUUCCUCACAGACUGUGUGUCACCACUGAGGUUAGUCUAGAUGAAAACCAAGAUACUUGAUUGUUGUUACCACUGGUACUUCCUGUCCUCCUAGUAUGAGUGGUGCAGGUUGUGGAGGGUCUCUCGAAAGGCAUAUCUGGAUUUCCACAGACCCAUUCAGGAGCAUGUUAUUGGAUGUGGCCCACUCAUCCAGCUGCUUUGCCUCCAAGCCCAUGGAAGUGUCCUCCUGGAGGCUGGUUAGUGGUAUAUGACUCGGGACAGCCCCACAUCAUCAGCAUACCCAGUGUCACUGAAGACAACUUUUCGGGUGGACAUGUGAAGGAGAAAAGGAUAUGGUGAGACCACGCCCUCUUGUGGCACCCUCUGACCAGGGGCUGAAUGUGCCAUUCAUCAUUACAUUUACAUUUUACAUUUUAGUCAUUUAGCAGACGCAUCAUCACCCUCUCCCUUCCUCCAGUGGUGUAGCUGUGGAGCCAGGCUAGUAACCACGGACACAGUUAAAUGUCAGCCAGAUUUUGCAGGAGCUUUGGGAGGGUAGUUUGGCAAGCUACCGCCAAAACACUUCUUAAAUCCCCUCAUCUCUGUAGCAUCUACAGCUCAGCGUUCAACACCAUAGUGCCCUCAAAGCUUAUCACUAAGCUAAGGACCCUGGGACUAAACACCUCCCUCUGCAACUGAAUCCUGGAUUUCCUGACGGGCCGCCCCCAGGUGGUAAGGGUAGGUAACAACACAUCCGCCACCCUGAUCCUCAACACAGGGGCCCCUCAGGGGUGCGUGCUCAGUCCCCUCCUGUACUCCCUGUUCACUCAUGACCGCAUGGCCAGGCACGACUCCAACACCAUCAUUAAGUUUGCCGAUGACACAACAGUGGUAGGCCUGAUCACCGACAACAACGAGAAAGCCUAUAGGGAGGAGGUCAGAGACCUGGCCGUGUGGUGCCAGGACAACAACCUCUCCCUCGACGUGAUCAAGACAAAGGAGAUGAUUGUGGACUACAGGAAAAAGAAGAGGACCGAGCACGCCCCCAUUCUCAUUGACGGAGCUGUAGUGGAGCAGGUUGAGAGCUUCAAGUUCCUUGGUGUCCACAUCACCAACAAAUUAACAUGGUCCAAGCACACCAAGACAGUCGUGAAGAGGGCACGACAAAACCUAUUCCCCCUAAGGAGACUGAAAAGAUUUGGUAUGGGUCCUCAGAUCCUCAAAAUGUUCUACAGCUGCACCAUCGAGAGCAUCCUGACUGGUUGCAUCACUGCCUGGUAUGGCAACUGCUCAGCCUCCGACCGCAAGGCACUACAGAGGGUAGUGCGUACAGCCCAGUACAUCACUGGGACCAAGCUUCCUGCCAUCCAGGACCUCUAUGGCAAGCGGUACCGGAGCGCCAAGUCUAUGUCCAAGAGGCUUCUAAACAUCUUCUACCCCCAAGCCAUAAGACUCCUGAACAUCUAAUCAAAUGGCUACCCAGACUAUUUGCAUUGCCCCCCCCCCCCCCCCCCCCCCCCCCUUUACGUUGCUGCUAUUCUCUGUUUAUUAUCUAUGCAUAGUGACUUUAAUAACUCUACCUACAUGUGCAUAUUACCUCAAUUACCUCAACUAAUCGGUGCCCCCGCACAUUGACUCGGUACCGGUACCCCCUUUAUAUAGCCUCGCUAUUGUUUUUUUUGCUAAUUGUUUUGGUAUUCUUUCUUUUUUUAAAUUUUAUUUAUUUCACCUUUAUUUAACCAGGUAAGCCAGUUGAGAACAAGUUCUCAUUUACAACUGCGACCUGGCCAAGAUAAAGCAAAGCAGUGCGAUUAAAAACAACAAACACAGAGGAAUAAACAAAACAUAAAGUCAAAAAUACAACAGAAAAUCUAUAUACAGUGUGUGCAAAUGUAGUAAGUUAUGGAGGUAAGGCAAUAAAUAGGCCAUAGUGCAAAAUAAUUCACCCCGCUCCUCCGCACACUCCACUGGCUUCCAGUUGAAGCCUGCAUCUGCUACAAGACCAUGGUGCUUGCCUACGGAGCUGUGAGGGGAACGGCACCUCCGUACCUUCAGGCUCUGAUCAGUCCCUACACCCAAACGAGGGCAUUGCGUUCAUCCACCUCUGGCCUGCUGGCCCCACUACCUCUGCAGAAGCACAGUUCCCGCUCAGCCCAGUCAAAACUGUUCACUGCUCUGGCACCCCAAUGGUGGAACAAGCUCCCUCACGACGCCAGGACAGCGGAGUCACUCACCACCUUCCGGAGACACUUGAAACCCCACCUCUUUAAGGAAUACCUGGGAUAGGAUAAAAGUAAUCCUUCUACCCCCCCCCCCCCCCAACAAAAAAAAAAAAGAAAAAAAAGAAGAAGAUAUAUAUUGUAAAGUGGUUGUCCCACUGGCUAUCAUAAGGUGAAUGCACCAAUUUGUAAGUCGCUCUGGAUAAAUGACGUAAAUGUAAUUACAAUUUUGUAUUAACACUGGAGUGAUAGAUGUGCAAAUAGAGAUACUGGGGUGCAAAUGAGCAAAAUAAAUAACAAUGUAAAUAACAAUAUGGGGAUGAGGUAGUUGGGUGGGCUAAUUACAGAUGGGCUGUGUACAGUUGCAGUGAUCGGUAAGCUGCUCUGACAACUGAUGCUUAAAGAUAGUAAGGGAGAUAAGUGUCUCCAGCUUUAGAAAUCUUUGCAGUUCGUUCCAGUCAUUUGCAGCAGAGAACUGGAAGGAAUGGCGGCCAAAGGAGGUGUUGGCUUUGGGGAUGACCAGUGAGAUAUACCUGCUGGAACGCAUACUACGGGUGGGUGUUGCUAUGGUGACCAAUGAGCUAAGAUAAGGCGGGGAUUUGCCUAGAAGAGAUUUAUAGAUGACCUGGAGCCAGUGGGUUUGGCGACGAAUAUGUAGUGAGGGCCAGCCAACGAGAGCGUACAGGUCACAAUGGUGAGUAGUAUAUGGGGCUUUGUUUUAAAAUUGCAUUGUUGGUUAUGGGCUUGUAAGUAAGCGUUUCACUGUAAGGUCUACACCUGUUGUAUUCGGCGCAUGUGUCAAAUCAAAUUUGAUUUGAUUUGAUCCCUAGCAGUUCAGCUGCUGAAAUCGACUGUGAUUCAAGUGACUUGCACCAAUGUUACCAAUCAGAAUCUCUAACUUGGCUGUUCUGCACAACUCAAAACAGGUUGGCCCACUAAACUAAAGGCAUCUUCAUGUCUCAGGAAAAACUCAUGGGAGCAUAGUUUCAAUGGGAACUUGAUUUGCUUAUAAUCAUCAUAAUUAUGGUUAUUGUAAGGUUUGGUUUCGCAACUGGUAGCUUGAGCACACAUUGUUUUUGUUUGUGAACUUAAACUGCUUAAGUCAAGGCGGUGUGGUGUCUUGUUCAACCGUUUUAGAUGGCAACUUCACUCAGGUUGUUAGAAUGAGUCACUCUAAAAUGACUAAGUCCUUAAAAGAUUUCACUUUGUUAAGCCUUGCAUUUCAAACUGAAAUAAAAGUCAUUUUUGAAAUGCAAACCAGCCCAGCAUGUUGCUUGCAUUUACUUAAAUUGUCUGCGUCAGAUUCUGUAAUUUGGCAUUAUAGGCAUAGCAAAUGGAGCUGGUAAUUGUCAGGAAUGAAUGAAUCCCAGAAGAGAAUGGAAGAAAAUCUCCCCAUGGAGCCCAGUUUUCUCAUGUUCCAUUCUAUUCCAAUACGAAGAGAGGAAACCAAAGAGCCGUAAUGGACGUCGCGUUCCAUUAGCGUGGCUAGCCUGGCAAAGCGGCAGGCAAUUUUUAGUGUCAUUCAUUUGUGGAGAAUGGGGGGGGGUAGAAUUCACUAAUUGUUUCCUCCAACUUCAUUUUCUUGCUUUUUCGGUGACCGCUGCAUUCGAUGGCUGCCUGUGUGCCUGUGUGCAGUACCAAGCGUUUUGAAAUCAAAACCAAUUUUGUCCUAAACGGUAUAAGAUUUAGUGGCGUUUCGUUCUAAAUCAAUUUGAAGUCACACUCUGAGAGAGUGGACACGGAAAAUAAAAGGGAGAACUGAACUACUAUGUUGUUUCAGAAGCUAUUAGGACACUCAUUUCUGCACAGUUUGCCGGGUAAUGGUUUAGAGAGGAAGCUGGAAUUGCUCCUCCACACACACACACACCAGGCAUUAAUCUAUCUCUUUGUCCUCUCAAGCACGUUAUUGGAUAUCAUCAAUAUGAAUCUGGUGCUAGCUACGAUUUAUGGUGCCCAUCCACUUGUGGAGGCAGGAGGACAAUGAAAUAAUUUACCUGGAGGAAAUGUAUUGCACAGCUCUGUGAUGGGUUAGAAUUCAACAAGGUAACAGGCAAAGAGCUCUCUCUCUCUCGUCUCAUGGUUUAUGGAUAUCAAGAUCCACAUGAGUAUCAUUGACCUAAUGUCAUUGUGAUUCCUUGCAUCUUAAAUGGAUAGUUUUGCAGCACAACAUUUAAAUUGGUCACACGUUUUCAUACCACCAAGUGGUAUUGUGUCUAGGGUCCACAAUAGAUAGCAUAUGUUGCGAGUAUCCGGACCCACUCAUUAGGCUAAGGUGAAAACUGUAGUCCACAAUCCAAAAUGAACGGGAAGGAUCGGCACCAACCAUUUAAUUUCGAUAGUAUGUUUACCAUUCCAAGUUGCCGUGCAUGAAAUGUCAGAGGAGGGACAUUGCCAACGUGCUGGAAUCACAUCUUUGAAUCCAGGCUCACAGACGACAUGCUUCGUCUCCCCAUCGUUAGCCCCACUGACUAACAGGCCAGAGCCCCAUUACAACAGCCCCUGAGCCUCAGGCAAAAGGCCUCGACUUGGGGGUGGAGCCCCUAGCCUAACUAACCAAGCUAUACUAAAUGGGAGUUUCCAGGCAAAGAUUCUCUGCCCUAAGGCGAGACAUGUUUGAGAAAUGUUCAAUAAAUCCCAUCCACCCUCCAUAGACAGAAACGCAGACCUGGGAUUCAGCGCACGGUUUUCUAUUGAAGAGGGAGAAAGAGUGAAAACGGCCAGGAGAUAAAAACAUGAACCAUUCCUAUUCCCUUGGUGAGGCUCUGACUCGGGAGGCAGGCUCAUUUAAAUGAGAUGAAAGAGCAAUGGAGUUUCAGGGAGAGAGAAAUUAUGUUUCUGCACUUUUAUGGGAUUUUCAGUAAGAAGGAAACCCGUCUAGAAUAGUUUAGCCCUCUCAAGCUGAGAAAAGCCCUCAAGGUGAUUAGUCACUGGAUGCAGGAGAAGUUGUGAAUGCCCUCUGUGUAAACUCAAGGGUCACAGGGAGAUAUAGGCAUGCUUUAGGGGAUGGAAUAUGAUUAGACUAUAACCUGUCUAUCUGAUUAUUGUGGUCUGAGAAACAUAGAGGUAUGUGAGCCUAGGGAUAUUAUUCGCUAUCCCAAUGUCCAAUGAUUGCACACAGAGGUGUGGUUUCCCAAUUUACAUUUGCAUCAAUCUGUCCUUGAAAUUGACAUACUUCCCCCCCUCCUUAACUUUCCCUAACGUUGUGAGAACCUGUGACGGUCACAUCCUUACGGAGUGUGUUUCUCGGUAUGAUUAACUAGCUUCCUUUCAUCAAUGGCCACCGAUCUGGCAGGACAUGAUAGGUCAAAGCAGUAGGCUAGAACUCCAUCCACAACUCCAUCUAUCACUGAUGAGAAAGAAAAGGGCAUAAAGCUGUAGUGGGCAGUAAUAUUUGAUAUGUAAUAGUAAUAUGUGAAUAUUCAGUAUAUUAUACAGUAUAUACAUAAAAUGUGACUAAGCAAUUAGUCUAUUAAAAUGUUUAUCUGACUCCAUAAAGAUAAUUAAUAUAUACAAGCAAGCAUUAGGCAAUAUUCCAAGCAUAUAGAUCCUAAGGUGAACUUACAGGACAGUGCAUGAACAAAGAGAGGCUUACUAGGCCAGAGGCCUAGAAGUCUAGGAAAUGAGAAUUGAUCAUACAACCUUCCUCCAUGGACUGGAUACAGGAUAAGAGGGAGAUAACAAAGGCUUUUAAUUCCAUUUCUAACAUCUGAAGGGUUAACCUUUCAACCCAAAACCAACCACCAUUGACCAAUCAAAUGAUCCCGAGUGGCGCAGUGGUCUAAGGCACUGCAUCGCAGUGCUAGCUGUGCCACUAGAGAUCCUGGUUCGAGUCCAGGCUCUGUCGCAGCCGGCCGCGACCGGGAGACCCAUGGGCGGCGCACAAUUGGUCCAGCGUCGUCCAAGGUAGGGGAGGGUUUGGCCGGCAUGUGGGUUCGUUUCCCACGGGGGGCCAGUAUUUAGCAUCUGCUAAAUAACUAAACAUGUAAAUGUAAGUUGACAGUAACCUAAACACUCCCAGGCCCAAUCUCCACAGGGUGUCACAUCAUCUAAAGGCUUGUGUGGGGGAUGAGACCAAUGUAAAUCAGACAGAAUUUCUAAGAGGACCAUAAAAUCUUUUGCAUAUAGUAAUUCAGAGUUCACCCUGUACAGAGACAAAUAACCACAAAGAUCAUACAUACAUAUAGUUAGCAUCAGAGUUAUCCUCAGUGAACAAGUUUCAGAUAGAUACCAAACAUGGAUACUAUAGCAUUAUUCUAUCAGUCCUCUGCAUACUGUUACAGAGAUACAUUUUGUCCCCUUAGAGGGGGAAGGGCUGACUAGUCCUUGGGCAUUGUCCUUUUGUUCCUGGACCAUUUGCCAUGCAGCUCCAGGUGACAGAGAACGCAUAAAUUAGGGCCGAGCCUGCGAAGCCAGAGAAGAGUUUUGGAACUCAGGAUAAGGAUUGCCUGUAAUUUUACAGCUGUCAGGGUGGAUAUAAUCUCUUGUGGACGGACUACGAUGACUAACGAGCGACAGUAGUCCCGGUGCUUUGGUUUUCUGUCGCUGGUUAUUUGGCAGUAUCAGGAUUGGGUGCUUAAAUUGGGGCAGGGAUUUCAAGCAAUGAUUUCAAGUGGAACAUUUUUUGAAGGGGUGGAGCCUUUAGCUGAGAGUUUCCGUUUAAGGGAGUGGAGACUUCUCUAGUUUUAUAAUAUCCGUUCUCAUACAUCUCACCCCAGAACCUAAUCGAGCAUCUGAUGCAAUUAUGCAAGAUUGGAGGUCUGGGUUUCCGAGAUUAGGGUGGGUGUAGGCGAUCAAUAGCACACAGCAGCAACAUCGUGUAGCCCAAGGUUGUGUGUUAUUAAUGACCAUGAAGCAUUAGUAAAACAUGAAGGCUCUACGUCAGUACGUCUCAAGGGUAGACCCGCUGCUAGAGGAAAUUAUGCAAAUUGUCUGUUUUCAGAAUGGCACAUUGUUAUUGUAUGUUAAUGCAUCUGAGAUCAAAUGCAUUGUACUGGCACCACUGCGACAGAUUUAUUUGUCUUCUUCAAGAUCACGAACAUGGCGAGAGAAUGUGAGAAAUGCUAAUCGUACACAAUGUUUCAACACUGAAUGUUAAGUCGGCAGAGCCAAGUUCCCAAAUGUUUGAAGUGAUAAUAAAGUGACAUCUUUUUUUAAUCCUCAUUAAUCCAAAACGAAGGCUCCUCUCGGAUAAAAAUAAGGAAGAUUUUUUUUUUUUGAAAAUGCUCUGAUUAGAAAAUCAAUCAGUGAUUCGUGACUCUAAAAAGGGAAAUGUUGUCUUUGAUAUUUUGCAGACGAUGAAGGGCCAGACCCCCCGGAGCAGUUCACUGCCAUCAAGCUGUCAGACUCUAGGUGUGUAUGAAAGGAGUAAAUAUCACCUAUGCACAUUUUAUGUUGACUUCCUCUCUCCAAAUCUGAAUGGGAAGUGUCCCCUGGUGAGUUAUAAUAGACUUCGGAAGAACAAUUACAGUCUCUGCAGGUUUACAAUUUUAUUAAUACAAAAUUGGAUUUAAAUUAGAACAUUGUUGUUCAAAUGGUCUUUAUCUUUAAAUAGUCUUUGGAAAAGUUUUUAGAGACUCAAAUCAACCUGCCAGUAUCCAGGAAUGAAUUUUGUUCUCCUGUGUUUUUCCCCCAGGGUAGCUCUGAAGUCUGGCUAUGGGAAGUAUCUAGGGAUCACCUCGGAGGGGGUCGUGGUGGGGCGUUCUGACGCCAUCGGCUCCCGGGAACAGUGGGAGCCUGUUUUCCAGGACGUGAGUGAAGCAACUGUCAAUAGAAAAAACUUCAAAGUCAAUACAUACAAAAACUGUGACAUAAUGCCAUAUCAUAUAGUACUUGUUGCAUAGUAACCCUAGAUAUAGAUAGGCCUUGUUUACCUCACAGCUUGUUGCUUUGUUGAUGCGUAUUGGAGAGAAAGUUUGACGCUCUCUGCAUAUAAUUGAGCUUUUACCUCGCGAAUGGAGUAUCAGCAUGAGGUGAAACUCAUCUGUCAACUAAUCUCUUCAUUUCAUUUCUGUUUGUUUUCCAUUUUUUAAAACUAAUUUCUUUCUCUUUCCCCUGUUCCAGGGCAAAAUGGCUCUCAUGGCAGCAAAUAGCUGUUUCAUCUCCUACAGUGAAAGUGGGGACAUUGAGGCUAAGAGCAAGUUGGCGGGGGACGACGAGAUGGUUAAGGUGAUGUAUAUAUUUCACAAGGUCGCUCCAUAAUCCCCCCCCCCAUCUAUACUAUAGAAAUGACAUCCCCAUGGGGGAGUCUGAAGUUGGUGACGGAAAGAAAAAACUAAAUGUCUCUGAACAUUAGGGUGGCAGGAUAUUGCUAUUCAACUUGCAACUGUUUUGUUUUUUCCCCUCUCUCUCUCGCCCUCUCUCCUUCUGUCUCUCUCUAUGAUGAUGAACAGAUCCGGUCAUGCGCGGAGAGGGAGGUCAAGCGGAACGACGACAUUGCAGACGAGGACAGGGGCAACGUGAAGAACUGCGAGCUCAACUACGUGUAUGUACUGUCUGUCUACCUACGUCACACUCACAGUGGCUGCAACAUUUGCAGCGGUAAUCAUACAAGGUGGGGAUUCCAUGCCCUCUAGUCUAGAGAGGUUGUAACCCUUGUUGUAUGGCUCAUCUUGUCCAAAUGAACAUAAGAAAUGGUAAAGGAAAAUUCCACCCUAAAACUAUCUUUAGUAUUUGUUUCAUUAGUCCAUUGUUGAUAUAGUCCCAAAAUGUUUUGCAUGUCAGCGAUCAAGUUUUAAGAUGUGUAACUUUCAAAAUCAGAAAUACAGCCGGUAUGAUUCAUUUUGCAUCACUGGCUGCAUAUCUGUAUUUUGAAAGUUAUAUAUCUUAAACAUGAUUGUUUUUUUGGGACUAUAUCAACAAUGGACUAAUGAAACAAAUACCAAAAGAUCGUUUUGGGGUGGAAUUUUCCUUUAAACUUCACCUACCAGUUCUCACAGUGGGGGGGUGAAGCAUUUUAUGUAGAAAAGACAGCGAGGAAGGUGGAGGGGUUGAACACUGACCUUCUGUAGACAGACAGUGAUUUCCCUCCGUUUUCACCGACAACCUUCCGCUCUGGUGAGAUUUUGACAACUAAAUCACAGGCCCUGAUGCGUGAGGAGCAGGUGCCACCUCAUCAAUCCCGCUCCCUUAAAAGGCCGAUUGAUGGGCCAACGCUACGGGGAUGGAAACGGGAAUGAGAACGGAACGCCGCUGCCGCUUUUACGGCCUGAGGCGGCCCAUUAAGUUCUGAGGGCUAAGCGUGAACAAGGCUGUCAUUGUGUUCCAUUUCUCCUCUUCCACCCUCAACUUCGUGUUCAAUUUUUUAUCUUCCCCUGUUCUCGCCAUAGUUUUUUAUUGUAGAGGAGGAAAACACAGGGGAAAUGGACUCAUCAUGUUGACAUGAAGAUAAUGGCUGCCCUUGAGCCCGUCAUCGUGAUGUAGUGCUUAGCAUCCCCGAGCGUGUUGCAUGAACAGAGCGCUGCCCGUGAAUCAUAAACCACUGUAACCACUGCUAGAGGGACUAAAUGUCGUUAAAGCGCCUGGUAAAAACCAAUGCGUUUGUUUGCGGCCCCAUUGCACUCUGUAUGUAUCUACUAUCAGGAUUGUUUACUUCAAUGGAAAUGGCACGGUACUAACGAGUGUAAGUCGCUCUAUACACGUUUGCAUUCACAUUUGUCAUUGAUAAUGUAGUCAGGUUUAUGCCCCAGAGAGUGCAAUAUUAUUUAUAUUCCGGACUCUGACAUUGCUCGUUCUAAUAUUUCGUAAUUCCUUUAUUUUUAUUUUGGGGAUUUGUGUGUAUUGUUAGGUAUGACUGCACUGUUGGAGCUAGGAACAUAAGCAUUUCACUACACCCGCGAUAGCAUAUGCAAAAUAUGUGUACGCGACCAAUAAAAUUGAUUAGAUUUUUGUUCAGUGUCGUUAUUCUUUGUGUUUGAUAGUGGUGUGUGACUGGUCCUUCCAUGUCUUAUCAUGAGGCUUUGUAUGAUGACUGUGUGUGUGUUUGUUUGUUUGUGUGUGUAAUAAGUCUCACUGAACACAGAUUUCUGAUAUUACAGAAAGAAGUUCCAGAGUUUCCAGGACAGGCGGCUGAGGCUGAACGAGGAGGACAGCACCACACUGAAGAUGGCCCGGAAAGACGGGAAGUUCCACGAAGAGCUGUUAGACAGGUGGGGGAAAAACAUCUCAUAAAGAGGCAAAUCCUAAACUUCUACUUAAGUCUAAUUUUCAUUCAGUCUCCCAUUGACAUCAAUGCAUGACUAAGUGAAAUUUUGAUUUCAGUGGAGGUAGCUUCCCCAAAGGAAACAACCACACACAAACUGGUUUUAAUAAUCAACAAAUCCAAACAUCCUUUCCAAGAAAUCACUCUGGAACUGGUCCAAAUGACUGUUGACAUGACUCCUACUGAUGGCCAUUUAAUAGCAGGAGUUGGUCAGAUAAUUGGUCAAACUGCCAACACACUCGAAACCUAUUUGCACAAACCUGUUUCAAUUCAACAUGUUGCGACAAGCUGACUUGUCACGUGAUAGCUAUUUACAUUGUCUGGUGGAUAGUGGUGAUGUAAGGACUGAAAAUAACCACUCGUGCCUUUUUUUGUUUGUCCACAGGAGAGCCAAGAUGAAAGCAGACCGAUACUGCAAGUGA